AUGGACAUGGAGACAGACCAACAAAUCUACCAGGUCGAUGUCGGAAACCUUCUCGCUUUCAAUCCCAAUCACCAGUUCCCUUCUGCUCCUUCUUCAAGGGAGGAGCUUGUGAAUGAGUGCAUUACGGAGGGAACAAAACUUGUUCAAGCAGUAGCUGAUGUUCUUUUCAACUUUCCUUCUACUGAGACUAGUGAUGGUCCCAUUGUUCAGUUGCCUCCGCCUACAACCAGACUUCCUAGAGAGAAACAUCUUCCAAGGCCUAAGCCUCCUACAAAGUGGGAAGAGUUUGCUCUAAAGAAAGGUAUACAGAAGCGUAAGAAGGACAAGAUUGUAUACGACGAACAAACCGAUAAGUUCAAGCGUCGUCAUGGUUACGACCGUGUUAACGAUGACAAUGAUGUUCCCAUCAUUGAGGCAAAGGCAUCAGACGAGCCAGGUGAAGAUCCUUUUGCCAAGAGAAUUGAGGAGAAGAAGAAGAAAGUUGGAAAGCAAGAAAAGAACAGACUACAGAAUCUGAGGGUUGCUGCGAAAGCUGGUGCUUUACCGAGUCAUAUCCAACUUGCUGCAACAUCAUUGCCAAUAUCAGGCGUGAAAGCUCAGCCAAAGAAACUCGGAAAGGAGGCACUUGGAGAUGUAGCCGGUUUAGCCGCUACUUCAACAGCUAGUGGUGGAAAAUUCGAUAAGAAGCUGCCUGGAGAGAAACCUCCUAAGAAGCAAGGCAAACAUCACAAGUAUUUACCGGUUUUACCAAGUUAUCGUAAGGAUCAGAACAAAUGUAUUCCUGUUGACGAGGAAAAGGAACAGACAAAUAAAGUACUUAGCAAGAUAUUCUCAAAGCAUUCGCAUGAGAUCCUCAAUGUUGGCAAGGCGAUAAACAUGGUCAACGAGAAGAAGGAGAAGAAGAAGUCAGGAAGAUCAUCAGACAAGUUGAAACCUAAGAAGGACAUCACCAAGAAGAAGCCUGCAACAACCAAAGCUUAG